CAAAAAUAUAAAUUUUUGGGAGAUUCUCACUCGAAUUGAGCUAUCCUUUUACCUGCUAAAAAAAAAAUCAUUUAAGGUUUUGUUACAAAAUCAUCCAACUCCCACUUCCCUCACCAAAACACUUCCCGUAGCCUCUCUGUUGCCUAUCGUUCAUCGUCUCCAUCUUCUUAAGGGCUAUUCAGGCAAGGAUUGGUGAUACAUGGCUGCUUUCAGGGCAUUCUUGAACAGUCCGGUUGGUCCGAAAACAACUCACUUUUGGGGACCUGUUGCCAAUUGGGGAUUCGUAGCUGCUGGGUUGGCGGACAUGAAGAAACCCCCGGAGAUGAUUUCGGGCAACAUGACAGCAGCAAUGUGUGUCUACUCGGCAUUGUUCAUGAGAUUUGCGUGGAUGGUACAGCCCCGCAAUUAUCUACUUUUGGUAUGCCAUGCCUCGAAUGAGACCGUCCAACUCUAUCAACUCUCUCGAUGGGCAAAGGAUCAGGGGCUCUUGUCAGACAAGAAAGAGAAAGCUGCAUCUCAGUAACUUGCUGCCACCAUGUUUUUCAUACCUGUUCUCUUGCUUUUGGUUUGCGGUUUCUCAUUUGAAGCAAUUUGCAUUUGAUCUUUCUGACAGUGUAAGCAUAAUUGAGCAGAUCAUUAUUAAGUGAAUCUUUUGCAUAUUAUCUUUAUUUGUACUUUGACGUUUUCAUAAUCAGAUGUGGAAACUGAUGCUUAACUUAAAA